AGGCAAUGCAUUAGUUUCCUUACUACACUAGUGGACGCUGGUGCUGAACUUAUUCACUCCACUCCACUAAGCACAUAACCCUGAGGAGGAGGGAGGGGGUGCACAAGGUGGUCUUCGAGGAAAACCAGCAGCACAGGGUGAAAAGAAGUAGGGAGAGAAGAAAGACAUACAGGAAAGAGAAUAGAAUAGAGAGAAGCGCCAUAGCAGAAGGCAGGGAUAUAGAAUUCAGAUAUAAAAUACUUAUCCUGUACAGACUCCUCUCAGUGUCAUCAGGCUGCUCUGCUCCAGUUGUCCCCCUCUAACGUUCACCAGGAAGGAGGACAAGACGUGCAGACUGAAAUACCCCCACCCUUCUAGAAAGAGGUCUAGCCUUCCCCUCCAAUUACAGAGCAUCCUCUCUCUCUAGUCAGAGGUCGCCCAGUGAUUACAUCUCCGUCAUGUGUGUGAUGCAAUCCCCCCAGCCGGCAUUGUAGCACAGUCACCCCCUCCCACCCUCCAGCAACAGCAGCGGCAGCAGGGACUAGGAGAUGAUGGGGUUACUGCUGCUGCCUCUCCUCCUCCUCCUCUGCCACUCCCCGGCAUGAGUCACUCUGCACCGCCCCCCGCUGCUGCUGUCUCUAGGUGAUAAUAAUAAGAUGGAAGCGGUGUGAUGUGUGCGGCUCCCCGCCUGAGCCCCUCUCUCUGACCAGCAGCAGCAAUGGGGGCACCGCAACCAGCACUGUGUGUAUAGAGGAGGAUUCCCUCCGCCACCAGCUCACUCACCAUGGCUGGGAUCAUCAAGAAGCAGAUCCUGAAACAUCUCUCCAGGUUCACAAAGAAUCUGUCACCUGACAAGAUUAACCUCAGCACCCUUAAAGGAGAAGGUCAGCUGACCAACUUGGAGCUCGAUGAGGAGGUUCUGCAGAAUAUGUUGGACUUGCCCACCUGGCUGGCCAUCAACAAGGUCUUCUGCAACAAAGCUGCUAUUCGGAUACCGUGGACUAAACUGAAGACUCACCCAAUUAGUCUGUCCCUGGACAAAGUAAUAAUGGAAAUGAGCACAUGUGAGGAGCCACGUGCCUGUAAUGGUCCUUCCCCAUUGGUGACCGCCUCGGGACAAAGUGAUUACGGAUUUGCUGAGAAAGUAGUGGAAGGAAUCUCCCUAUCUGUAAACUCCAUCAUCAUCCGUAUACGGGCAAAGGCAUUCAAUGCUUCGUUUGAACUGUCCCAGCUAAGAAUAUACAGCGUGAAUGCUAAUUGGCAGCAUGGCGACUUGCGGUUUACUCGAAUACAAGACCCCCAGCGUGGAGAGGUAUUGACGUUUAAAGAGAUAAAUUGGCAGAUGAUCCGGAUAGAAGCAGAUGCCAUUCAGAGUUGCGACCACGAAAUAAUGAGCGCUCCUGUCCGAUUGAUCACCAACCAGUCCAAAAUCCGAAUCACGCUGAAGAGAAGACUAAAAGACUGUAAUGUGGUGGCAUCCAAGCUUGUUCUGAUAUUGGACGAUUUGUUGUGGGUUCUGACUGACUCGCAAUUGAAGGCCAUGGUCCAAUAUGCGAAAUCUCUCAGUGAAGUCAUAGAAAAGUCCACAGAACAGAGGAAGAGUAUGGUGGCCACCGCAGAACCAACGCAGAGCUGGACACCUCCUUCCAGUUCCCAACAGACGAAAACCCAGCAAACCUCCACCACCGCUGAGCAGAACCAUGCUAUCUUGAAGCUUUUCGGAGACUUUGACGUGAAGGAAACCUCAUAUCACCUGAUUAUCUCCCACCUGGAUCUGCACAUUUGUGAUGACAUUCACUCGAAGGAGAAAGUGUUGGACUGGAGAAUUACUGGAGGCGCAAUGCAGUUAUCGUUCAGUCAGCUGACCGUGGACUAUUAUCCAUAUCACAGGGAAGGAGACAGCUGCAGCCACUGGAUGUACUACGGGGAUGCCACAAAGACCAGAUGUUCCUGGGCACAGGAGCUGCUUCAGGAGUUUAAAUGUAAUGUAGACAUGCUGAAACAAGCGGUGAAAGAUCACGGCUCUGGGUCUCCGUCUAAACCUGUAUCCCAGCAGUAUGGGCACUCAGGUUCUGAGUCCAGUGCUAAAGGAACCUCUCCCACAACGUCAUUAGAGGAGUCCAUUUCCAAACUAAUGUCCAGUUCCUUUGUAGUUAGACUAGCUGAUUUUAACAUUUACCAAGUGUCCACAGCAGACCAGUGCCGAUCAUCCCCCAAAACGAUGAUUUCCUGCAAUAAGAAGAGCUUGUAUCUUCCCCAGGAAAUGUCCGCAAUUCAUAUUGAAUUUACUGAAUAUUAUUUCCCUGAUGGAAAGAGUUUCCCCAUUCCCAGCUCCAACCUGUAUGUACAGGUGAAUGCACUGCAGUUAACCGUUGAUCAGAGGAGUAUUCUGUGGCUGAACCAAUUUAUUCUGGAUCUGAGGCAGAGUGUUGACCAGUUCAUGGCCAUGUACAAGCUGAAGGACAGCUCUAAGUCAGACGAGCACAUUGAUAUCCGGUUGGAUGGUCUGAUGCUGAAGUUUAUUGUACCAUCUCAGACGAAAUUAGAUUGUCACCAGGACCAGCCAACGGCCAUCAGUAUCCAGACUUCAGAAAUGAUCGCCAGCAACACCAGGCAGUCCGCAAACUGUAGACGCUCAGACCUAGAAGCCAUAUUUCAGGACUUUAAGGAAUACCCAUUCUAUUCUAAAUCCUUCACCUCCUUCCCACGGUCAGAAAAAAGUUUUGAUCUCCUGCACACCAUAUUCCAGAGACACGCUUUCGAACAGGACACUAAGAUGCACGAUGUAUACAAGGGAUUCAUUGCACCAAAGCUAGACACCAAUGCACUAAAAACCUCUGCUGCUAAAGACAUCUGGGCCAUACAUUUCACACAGUUUUGGGUUGACUAUGAAGGGAUAAAAAGUGGGAAAGGUAGACCCGUGAGUUUUGUCGACGCCUUCCCAUUUUCAGUUUGGGUCUGCCAGCCUGCACGCUUUGCUCAGUCUCAACAACAGACUGUGUCCAACUGUGAUCAUCCAGUAAACAUUUCUAAAAGCGAAUCGACCGACUUUGCUGGUCAUCUUCAGCGCAAAAAACUUUUAAAACAAUAUUAUAUGGCGGAGAAGGAUGGCAAAGGCUCUCUGUUGCAGAAAUCCCAAUCCUUAGACAGCAGCCUGUCACCCCCUCCCGCUAAAGUGCCACCUCAGGUGGACAUCCAGGUUCUUGCCCAUAUACAGAAACAUGUUGGCCUUCAAAUCAACCAUUACCAGUAUAUUUUCCUACUAUUGCUGCAGGACUCCCUAAAGGAGGUUAUGGAGAAUCUACGCAAGGAUGUGGAGGCUGUGACUGGGAAACCAGCUGAAGAGACAAAGCUGUCAAUAGGUGUUCUCCUGAAAAGUGCAGAGGUUUCUCUGUUAUUGCAUCCUCUCCCGGAGGACAAUAUAUCAAACUGUCCUCUUUCCCGGGAAGGAAGUCCUCUAGUGGAGAGUAAGCAGACUUUUCCACCAGAUGGUCCUCAGGAUGACAGUAUAUGUCAUAACCACUCUGUCGAUUUACUCAUGGACUCUGUCAGCGGGGACUCUGGUGCAGUACUAGAACCCAAAAAGAUUGUUUUACCAGAUACAUUGUUAGCAAAAUCAACCAGUGACACUGAGAUUUUAAAUAGGACGCCCAGUUUGGAGGCUACUACCGAGGCGUCCUUUCCAAAAGCAGUAAAUGAAGCCUUGGAUCAACUGGUGAAUGUCAAUGGUCUGAAUGACAGGGGCAAUUUUAAUAGUGAUGACAGUAUUUCCUGCCCUGUCAGAGAACUUGAGGAAACCCUCCUUAACCUUGACGUCCCUGAUAAUGAGCCUGUUCUAGAUCCACUCCUAAAUAUUCAGUUCUCCGAGGGGCAGAAUAAACCGACUGACUUGAGUGGAACCCCUAAGGAACGCUGCCCGUCCAACCUGCCUACCUUCUCUGUUUCUUACAAGAACAUGAAGAGGAGCCCAUCACAGUUCUCGUUGGACAAUAUCUCCAUCGAUAGUAACAUGCUGGAUGACCACCUGGUCGAUAGCGAUGGGAGUGACCCCUUGGAAACAGGACUGGAUGACUUCUCCUCUCUGAAUUAUCCAUCUACAGUAGACACGGCCAGCGUAGAGCUGAGGAACGAAGAGUACUGUGUGUCCUCUCCGGACGCAGUUAGCGCAGUUGAUGAAAGUAUUCCUGGCUCUAGACAAGACCUGAUGUCUGUAGUAGUAUUUACAAUCAUUGGUGUUAACGGCGGAAUUGAUAUAAAGGGAGAAGAUGUCACCGUUUGCCUUCAAGUUAACCAAGUGAUACCAAAACAGCUGGGGAAUGUUAGUGUUCGGCAAUACCUCAACAGGCAGAACACAAGUUCAGAUCACAAAUCGUCUGCGGCGCAGGGAAAAUCCUGUCCAGAGAUCAGCCUGAGACUGGAGGCUGGUCCUGGUGCCAAGCAAUAUUCCCUACUAGCCGCCGAGAAAGGUUUCCUCCAGUGCCAAGUGACAGAUUUUAGCUCUGAGUUCUUCACCUCAACCCUUGCAAAUAUUCGUCAUUUUGUAGAAGACGAUGCGGUCGCAGAAGUAAUGCCAAUGAAGAUAAGAGUUCAGAAAGCCAGGCUGCACUUACAGGAUGAUAGUCCAAGGAAUAACAACAGUGACCCGGAGCCGGAACCUGUAAUCCUGAAUAUUGAGAAUCUCCUAGUAGAGAGAUACGACGAUGGGUCUUUUUGUAUCAAAGGUUAUCCAGACUCCAGCCACGACACCAGCCGGAAUCACAAAGAAUUAAAUGAUGUUAUUUAUAAAAACUGUGACGACACUAAAAGUAUACAGCACAAAAGCAACACUACAAAAUGCACACAGACACUUUUUGAAGACCCUGUGCCCACCGAAUCGAAUGUGAUUAGACACCACAGUCUGAAAACGCAGGUGGUCAGUAAAGAACAGCUUCUUGAAGAGAAUGAAUGUCUUAAGCAAGAAUUGGCCAAAACCAAGAUGGCUCUAGCUGAAUCUCACAUGGAAAGGGACAGCCUUCUUCAUAAAUUAAAGAGGACUCACAUGGGGAAAUAGCAUUGGUUCUUGGAUUUUGCACUGGACUAAAAAAAAGAAAAGACUGGAUACGUCCACUAGUAUAGCUAGAUUAUCUAGGCUGGGAAUACACUAGGAGCAAAAUGGAUGUCACCAAGACCACUUUUCUAGCAUUGUAGGAGGUAAAAGUGAAGUUUAAAGAGUUAAUGUUUUACAUAGCAGUCUUUAUACAGCGAUCAUUCAGAUCCAUUGUCUUAAACGUUAGGCCUCAAAAGGUAACGCUCUGACAUUUUCCGAAGUAUUACAUAUACGGAAAAAAAAAUGAUUGACAGAAUUGUUUAAUUAUUUAAGGAAAGUGAAACAUUAAAUAUGUUAAUUAUCUAUUAGGCAGAUCAGUUUUAAUAUUGUUUAAGAAUUAUUUUUAAAAUUUUAUUUGCACUAUCAAUAAAUAAUACAAUGUAA